AUGAUCUCCUCCCUUACCCGAGCAAUCCGUGCUGGAGGAUGGUUCGUGGACACUGGUACGACUGUGCAUAUUUGUGGGCAACGAGAGAGUUUCUACACUUACCGCCCAAUGCUACAUAGGAUGGUUGUCAUAUGUGCUGAUAGCCAUAGAGCUGAAGUUCAAGGAAGAGGUGAUGGGUUGGUUUCUACGGAUAAGUUUGACAAGGGUGGGUUCAAGAUGGUGCUUGAGAAAUGCAAGAUUACGAUCACUAAACGUAGAAGAUAUGUUGGGAAGGCGAAUAGUUGUUCGGGGAUGUAUUGUUUGUGCCUUAGUGAUGAGGGUAGUGUGAGUGAUCCUAGUGUUGAGAGUAGUGUUGCUAGUGUUACAAGUGUAUCUAGUGUUACUAGUAAUGAUGUAAUUGGUGAAUUGCUUCGUCCGACCAUAGUCGCCGGAAAACUUGAUUCUUACUCAACUCCGGGGAAGGGGGAACUAUUCUAG